AUGGAAAGUUUAAUAUGUGCACCACAACAAACAACUUUAAAUGGAGGAGAUUCUGAUGAGUCUUGUGAAGAUCAAUCCAACUUUUCAAUUCCUUCUCAACCAUCAAAGAAGAAACGAGGAAAAAUUUCUCAAAAUGCAUGUAAUAAAUGUAAACGUGAUAAGAAAAAGUGUGAUGGAAAUUAUGCAAUAUUAUCAUCUUGUACUUAUUGCCUUGAUCAUAAUGAAAAGUGUACUUAUCCAGAACCUGGAAGGAGACGUCCAAGAAUAAAUACUGAUUUAAUUGAUAAUCAAUCGCGUGGUGAAUACAUAGAAAAUACCUUGGUUAAUUUGACAAGAUUCUUUGCCAAUUUAUCAAAUCUUAACCAAGUUAGUAAUAUGUUAAAAGAUCAUCUUUUUCAAUUGUUUGUACAUCCUUUGACCACAAUAGAACAAUUUUUAUUAUUGAGAAGGUUAUGGAAUGAAAUGAAUGAUAAUCCUAAUGACAAUCGAUUUGGCGUUGAAAAUUUACAAGUACUUUUAUUGGUUUUGACAAUCCUUAUACAAAAUCGAGAAGAAUCUGUCCAACAACAUUUCUGGGAACACAUCCGUCAGAUUGUUGAUAAUGUUCGAGCAGAUGUUCAAAGCAUGACCCCUCCUUGCACUUCCUCACUUGCCAUCCAACCAUCCAUUUUUCCACAUGACAUUCCCGAACAACCGUUUUCGGUCACACAACCUGGAAGUUCUGAUGUUUUGCCACCCGAUUAUUUACAAAUCAAUUAUAACGCAGUUCAAUAUGAUAAUAAUCAGGGCAACUUUCAACAUCCUUCCACAAAUCAGUUAGAUAAAUUCUUCACUCCUUUGGUGGAUAAUGUUAAGUACAUUGACGACGAUCCAAUUUCAUUAAGUCAUUCGGACCAAAAUCCUUCAAAUCAGCAGGACCAAGAAACCUCAAAACUAACACAACCGUCACAAAUUCAAAUAAUUCAAGAAUCCGAACCAAAACUAAAAAAACAAAAGACAGGAAGUCCUACGAAAAAUCGUGAAAAGAAAGGAAAAGCGUCACGGAUUGAAUCCAACAAACAACGUAAAUGUUCACAAGCUUCCUACUUAAAUCACGUGCAUAUUAUGCAUAGACCGGUUAAACCUGAAUCAAAGACUAGCCUGGUGUUUCAUAAGGAGGAUCCAAUUGAUAAUACGAUCAUUACACCAAAUUUAUUUGAAAAUCGACGUCCCGAAAACCAAUAUACGCCCACGAUUCCACAAUAUCAACAUCAGGACAUGCUGCAUUUAUCCUAUGAACAUUGGAAUAUUGACGGUCGUAACAAUGGUUUAUUUAUAAAUCAGCAAACCUCCCAGCAAACAACUCCUCAACAAUCUUUAUCGCGUAAACGUGAACAAUCUCCACAGAACGAAAAUCCUCUUCCACUUUUCAACCAUUUGAAUCCACCUGAACAACUAUCUUAUUUCAUGAAUCCCACAGUAAAUAACGUUUCUGAAGAUCAUAAUCAUCAAUCAGAUUUCAAUUUAAUUUUAGGCAUGAGUGGUCAUCUUGAACAAUAA